UGAGAAGAAACAACAUCAGGAGCUAAAUGUUCUAUUUAAACCUGUAGUUGCUGCUCAGAAAAUAAGUAAAGAUGCAGACCCAAAGUCGGUGGUUUAUAUGUUCUUCAUGCAAGAGCAACGUACUGGAGGAGAGAAGUAAGCUGUGUUGAUCAGUGACUUUGGUGAAGGCUGAGGAAGUUGAAUUUGCAGAUGAUACACAACUUCUGAGCAUUUCUUAUUGGAAGAAGAGAUUGCUGUAGAGGAAAAAAUGCCUAUGUUUAGUAAAUCACACAAAAAUCCAGUGGAAAUUGUGAAAAAUCUGAAAGACAACAUGGUCAUUUUGGAAAAGCAAGACAAAAAGACAGACAAGGCCUCAGAAGAAGUCUCAAAAUCGCUGCAAGCAAUGAAAGAAAUUCUGUGUGGUACAAAUGACAAGGAACCCCCAACUGAAGUUGUGGCUCAGCUGGCACAAGAGCUCUACAAUAGUGGGCUGCUGGUGACACUGAUAGCUGACCUACAGCUGAUAGACUUUGAGGGAAAAAAAGAUGUUACCCAGAUAUUUAACAACAUCCUGAGAAGACAGAUAGGCACUCGGAGCCCUACCGUAGAGUACAUUAGUGCUCAUCCUCAUAUCCUCUUUAUGCUCCUCAAAGGAUAUGAAGCCCCACAGAUUGCCUUACGCUGUGGAAUUAUGCUGAGAAAAUGUAUUUGACAUGAACCACUUGCCAAAAUUGUCCUCUUUUCUGAUCAAUUCAGAGAUUUCUUUAAGUAUGUGGAGUUGUCAACAUUUGAUAUUGCUUCAGACGCCUUUGCUACUUUUAAGGAUUUACUAACCAGACAUAAAGUGUUGGUAGCAGACUUCUUAGAACAAAAUUAUGACACUAUUUUUGAAGACUGUGAGAAAUUGCUUCUGUCUGAGAAUUAUGUGACUAAGAGACAAUCUUUAAAGCUGCUGGGUGAGCUGAUCCUGGACCGACACAACUUCGCCAUCAUGACAAAGUACAUCAGCAGGCCCGAGAACCUCAAGCUCAUGAUGAACCUCCUCCGAGAUAAAAGUCCCAACAUUCAAUUUGAAGCCUUCCACGUCUUUAAGGUAUUUGUGGCCAGUCCUCACAAAACUCAGCCUAUUGUGGAGAUUCUAUUAAAAAAUCAACCCAAACUCAUUGAAUUUCUGAGCAGCUUCCAAAAAGAAAGGACGGACGAUGAGCAGUUCACCGAUGAGAAGAACUACUUGAUCAAACAGAUUCGUGACUUGAAGAAAACAGCCCCUUGAAGGUCUCACCCAGUGCCUGCCACUGUCGCCGUCUCAUCUGUUCAGUUUGUACAAGUGUCAUUUCACAAAGGAAUUGUUCUGGGGAAGGCUUUGGAGGUGCCUAUUUUUUCUCAAU